CCCCCGAGCCCAGCGGAAAUAAUGACGUCAGGAUUCGAGUAGCAAGCGAGAAGUGAAUGCCAACGGGGUGAUACAUCAGAGACGAUUGCGGUAAAGCUCGAUAUCGGUGCAUUUCGGCGUCUCGUUUAAUGCGGCCACUUUUGGACGAGAUAUCGUUGUGUCGCGCGCAAACUUGCUGCUGUUGACGGAAGGAAAAAUCGCAGCGUCCCUUCCCAUUUUUGAUGCAGAGUAAACAUUAAAACCACAAACAUGUCUGAUCACUUUGGGCCAAUUACUUUAAAAUGGGACCCCAAAAACUUGGAGAUAAGAACUAUGUCUGUAGAGAAGACAUUGGAACCAUUAGUGCUCCAGGUUACUACAUUGGUGAACACAAAAGGUCCUAGCAAGAAGAAGAAAGGAAAAUCAAAGAGGGCUAGUGCACUUGUCGGAACUGUAGAGAAAGCAACCACCAAUUUUAUUGAGAAGGGUGAAAAGAUUGCCUAUGAAAACCCAGAUAUCACAGCAGAGAUGUUAAGCGCUGUAGAGGAAGUAAGAAAAACGGGUGCAGCAAUGAGCAUUGCUGCUAGGGAAUUUUCUGAAGAUCCUUGUUCAUCGCUGAAACGCGGCAACAUGGUGCGCGCUGCAAGGAACUUACUGUCAGCGGUGACGCGUUUGCUCAUUCUAGCGGAUAUGGUGGAUGUUCACUUGCUAUUGAAAUCUUUAUACGUCGUAGAAGACGAUCUGAAGAAACUGAAAAACGCCUCGUCACAAGGUGAACUGAUUCAGAACAUUAAAGAAUUCGGCAGGAACGCUGCAGAAUUGAUUCAUCAGGCGGCCAAGCGUCAGCAAGAACUAAAGGAUCCGCAGCUCAGAGAUGACUUGGCAGCCGCCCGAGCCGUCUUGAAGAAACACUCGACCAUGCUGCUCACUGCGUCGAAGGUGUUCGUGCAGCAUCCUGACUUGGCGGCGGCCAAGGCGAAUCGUGAUUAUGUGCUGAAACAAGUGUGCGAGGCCGUAAAUACAAUAAACGAUGUUGCUCAAGGAAAGACGCCGCCCGACAGCCAGCAUCCUUACGACGGGCCGGGCGAAUUGGCUGCCGCGUUGGACGACUUCGACGAGAGGAUGGUAAUGUCUCCGCUUGCGUAUAACGAGGUUCGUACGCGGCCAAGCCUUGAGGAAAGAUUGGAGAGCAUCAUCAGCGGUGCUGCGCUGAUGGCGGACUCAUCGUGCACUCGCGACGAGCGUAGAGAGCGCAUUGUCGCCGAGUGUAACGCGGUUAGACAGGCACUUCAGGAUCUCCUGAGUGAAUAUAUGAACAAUUUACAGCGCGCUCGGGGUGGGAAACGGAUGGGCGUUAAGGAACAAUCUGAAGGCUUAGAGAGAGCGAUAGAUCACAUGUGUAGGAAGACCCGUGAUCUUCGCAGGCAGCUGCGCAAAGCCGUGGUGGAUCAUGUGUCAGAUAGUUUUCUGGAAACGAGCGCGCCGUUACAGGCUCUCUACGAAGCGGCGGAGAAAGGUUGGGUCAAGGAAGUGGAAGAGUACGCGCUCAUCUUCACGGAACAUGCCAACAAACUCGUAGAGGUUGCCAAUCUGGUGUGCAGUAUGUCGAACAACGAGGACGGCGUGAAGAUGGUGCGUUACGCCGCGGCCCAGAUCGAGAACUUGUGCCCGCAGGUGAUCAACGCAGCGCGCGUGUGGGCCGCGCGGAACUCGGAAGUCGCGAAGGAGAACAUGAAGGUGUUCCGUCAGGCGUGGGAGAAUCAGAUGCGCGUCCUGACAGAGGCCGUGGACGACAUCACCACGAUCGACGAUUUCCUGGCGGUCUCCGAGAAUCACAUUCUCGACGACGUCAACAAGUGCGUGCUGGCGUUGCAAGUGCGCCCCGGCGACGCUGACACUCUGGACAGGCACGCGGGCGCGAUACUCGGCCGCUCCGCCAGGGUGUGCAACGUCGUGCAGGCCGAGAUGGACAACUACGAGCCCUGCAUCUACACGAAGCGAGUCCUCGAGGCGGUGAAGGUGCUCAGGAAACAGGUGAUGCCCAACUUCGAGCAGCGGGUGGAGGAGGCCGUAAACGCACUGCGCAGCAACCCGGCGCAGGAGGUGGACGAGAAUGAUUUCAUCGACGCGUCCAGACUGGUGUACGAUGGAGUUCGCGAAAUCAGGCGAGCUGUGCUGAUGAACAGGGCGGACGAAGACCUGGAUCCCGAAGACGUGGAAUUGGAUGAGCACUACACACUGGAGACGCGCAGCAAAUCCAGCGCACAGACCGGUGAACACGGCGUGGACGAGUAUCCGGAGAUCAGCGGCAUCACGACCGCCCGCGAGGCGAUGAGGAAGAUGCCGGAAGAGGACAAGCAAAAGAUUCUGCAGCAGGUGGAGUUCUUCAAGAGCGAGAAGCUGAAAUUCGACAAGGAAGUGGCGAAGUGGGACGACGCCGGCAAUGAUAUCAUCGUUCUCGCCAAGCACAUGUGCAUGAUCAUGAUGGAGAUGACGGACUUCACUCGAGGCCGAGGACCCCUGAAGACGACGAUGGACGUUAUAAACGCGGCGAAGAAGAUCUCCGAAGCCGGCACGAAGCUGGACAAAUUGACCAGGCAGAUCGCCGAUCAGUGCCCGGAGAGCUCCACGAAGAAGGAUCUACUGGCGUACUUGCAACGUAUCGCGCUCUAUUGCCACCAGAUGAACAUUACGAGUAAAGUGAAGGCGGACGUGCAGAACAUCAGCGGCGAGCUGAUCGUUUCCGGCCUAGACAGCGCGACCUCCCUGAUACAAGCUGCCAAAAACUUGAUGAACGCUGUCGUGCUUACUGUGAAAGCUUCCUACGUCGCUUCAACGAAGUAUCCACGACAAUCUACGGUAACGUCUCCAAUCGUCAUUUGGAAGAUGAAGGCCCCGGAGAAGAAGCCGUUGGUGCGACCCGAAAGACCCGAGGAAGUGCGAGCGAAAGUGCGCAAAGGUUCGCAAAAGAAGGUGCAAAAUCCUAUACACGCACUUUCGGAAUUUCAGAGCCCUACCGAGAGUGUGUAAGCGCUGCCAAUGUAAGUAAAACGGAAACAGCAUACUAAUAUACAGCAUCACCUUUCGAAAGUUGUAAGGUCAAGAUAUUUUAUUUUCGAUGAAGUUUAUACAUAGACUACCCCGUCGAUCAUUGCGCUAUGGAGACACAAUAUAAAGCCGCGUACUCAUCUGAGCAUUCGCGAGUGAGUGUGCUCAGGACUGCGGAAUGAGCUGCCGUCAAGGCGCUGUCGGUACGUCAAAGUGAGCAUGUGAUCGGAUUGCAACUGCAAUAUUUUUAGUCAUGAUCCUGUUCGCUCGUGACCAGCGCUACAACUGUUCGAACGAGAAUCAUGCGGUAAAUCCUGUAAAUCCAGAGAUCUGAACGAGCAGCGCGUGAGCACUGAUCCCACUCGUGUAACGCUCAUUCGAAACAAAUGCUUAGACGAGCACGCGGCUUAAGUUAAGAGUACGUUUAUCAUCAUUUUUUUUUCAAUAGAAUAUAAUAACCGUAAUAAGAAUACGAAUAAUCUCAAUAAAUAACCGAACUUUAAGGGAGAUUUCAAUAAAUACGAAUUAAAGAAGGCUGACCUACACGUGUAUCUUUAUCUUUAAUCUUACAGGGGCACAAUUAAGAACGAUGACUUUUUGUCAGGUCAUAUUCGUUUGCGAAUUCAUACGAUGUGAUUAUCUUUCAUACGUUUGAGAGUUUUUACCUCAUGAUGAAAUUGAGUGAUUUUCCUAUCGAACUUUUCUAGCUGUAAGAUUGAUACAUUUUAUUCGUGCAACAAAAUGCAAGAAUCCCCAAUGCUUCCUGUACUAAUUUAUUUUUCGAUCGCAAAAUAUUUCUUACAAUUUGUAUUAUUUUAUACAAUUAUAUAUUGCAGAUUUGUAUUCUAUAUACACUUAUUGAUAAUACCUACUGGAACUGUAUUACAAACGUCAAGCUUAAAAAUUUAAUUUUUUUGUAUGUAAAUUUUUCUUUUUCUACGAAAAAAAAAGUCUAUUAUACACCCUUCUGGUGGUUAAGCUCAUAGAUCGAUGAAUAUAAAUCAUGAAUUGACACAGUAUUGUAUCGAAAUGAAGAGACUGCAGGUUGAAGUAUUUACUAUAUUAAAUUGUAUAUAUAUAAGUAUAAAUAUAUAAUUAGAAAAUUAUGUGGGCGAAUUGUUUUUUCAAUUUUUGUAUUAUGAACAGCUGAAUGAGAAAGAAAACAGAUUCUAAUUCCCCUUUUUAGUCCAUAUCGCAACGAUAAUAAUCUUUUUACUAACAACUUUACUAUAAUAAUCGAUUUAUCAGGAUUGAUGUUACUGUACUAAACACAUCGUACUCUAUGUAACAUUCGCAAUAGUAAGGUUUCAAUUACUAAAAGGCCAAAAGAAAAAAAACUUAGGGCAAUAUACAUUGUCGCUCUAUAUAUUGAAUAAUUCUAUACAUAUAUAUAUCUAUAUAAUUUUUAUUUAUGAAUAAAUACGAAAUGGUUUUCGUAUUUUGUAAUAUAUGAAAUUCAAAUAAGGUAUACCAAGUAUUAUAAUAGUACAUUCGAAUGGUUCCCUACCUAUGGUAUAAAUAGAGGAGUGACGUAAAUGUAAGGAUUCUACACAGUUUGUCAAAGAUGUGGUUGUUAUAAUCAUAUAUUUUCGAUGUAAUUAUUUUCUUUAGUACACGUAAGUUUUUAUGCUUUUGUUUCAUGCUACUUUCAUGUUUCAUGAUAAUUCUCAUAUUUGCAGAACACAUGUGUGACGAUAUAAGGUUCAACGAAACUUAUUUAUCGAAUUGAUUGAUUGCCUUUUCGUGCACUGGGUGUAUAAUAAUGGUGUAUUUCUGAUUUAUCUAUAUUAUUUCAGUAUUCUGACAUUAGCAAAUAUAUAUAUCGUUAUAUGUUGCUAGAUUCUUUAUAUAGAAUCGAACUAUCAUUGCUACAUGAAGCGGAUGCCAAUAUAGUGUGUAAUGAAUUGGCAUCGCCCUUUUUUAUUAUUAUAAUAAGAGUAUUAAUUAUACCGCAUUAUUUUUAAGAUUGAAACAUUGUAAUCGAUAUGCUGCCAAAUAUAAGGUGAUGCUUUUCUGAUA